GUGAGGAUUCCUGCCAGAAGAACUGGCAGUGAUGCACCUUGGGCUGUGUGAGGAGGAUGUGGUAGUGCAGGGGAGGGAGCCCAGAUCACCAGUAAGAGCCAGCCUGGCUCAGGAUGAUUUCCCAGCAGGCAGAAUAUCCCUUCCCCUCCUGCUCACCCCUUUCCUCCAUGUACUCCGACCAGCUGGCUGCCAGGACUGGAAUUUCCUGACUCCUGAGACCUCGCCUGUGCUGCAACACCCACUGGAGUCUCCUUCGCUUCCCCCCAGUUUUGUUUGUCUGUGGUUUUGCACGGGGGAAAAAACCCCCAAAAAACAAAAGCAAGCAGAGGUUUCCGGGAGCACAGGAAGAUAUUGGGCUGCUGUGAUCAGUUCAUUGUUCAGCCCAGGAGCUGCGGGUUCCAGGGGCAGCUGCGAGCAAAGCGACACAGCCCCAAAUCCAGGCAGGGUUUUCUGGCACUGCCCCAAAUCCAGGCAGGAUUUGCCAGCACAAUCCAAAACCCAGGCAGGAUUUGCCGGCACAGCCCAAAAUCCAGGCAGGGUUUGCCAGCACUGCCUCAAACCCAGGCAGGGUUUGAUGGCACAGCCUCAAACCCAGGCAGGGUUUGAUGGCACAGCCUCAAAUCCAGGCAGGGUUUGCUCACACUGCCUCAAACCCAGGCAGGGUUUGAUGGCACUGCCCAAAUCCAGGCAGGGUUUGCCAGCACAACCCAAAAUCCAGGCUGGGUUUGCCUGCACAGCCCCAAAUCCAGGCUGGGUUUGCCAGCACAGCCACAAAUCCAGGCUGGGUUUGCCAGCACAGCCCAAAACCCAGGCAGGGUUUGCUGGCAGAGCCCAAAAUCCAGGCUGGGUUUGCUGGCAGAGCCCAAAACCCAGGCAGGGUUUGCCUGCACAGCCCCAAAUGCAGGCAGGGUUUGCUAGCACUGCCCAAAACCCAGGCAGGAUUUGCCGGCACAGCCCAAAAUCCAGGCAGGGUUUGCCAGCACUGCCUCAAACCCAGGCAGGGUUUGAUGGCACUGCCCAAAUCCAGGCAGGGUUUGCUCACACUGCCUCAAACCCAGGCAGGGUUUGAUGGCACUGCCCAAAUCCAGGCAGGGUUUGAUGGCAC